CCGGGACAGACGACUUGCAUUUGCAUUGACAACGGCCAACGAGCAGCAGCUGCUUCUGCUGCUCUGGAGCUUGCAACAAACUCAGUGUGUGUCUGUCUGUCUGUCUGUCACUCCAUGGCAUGUGCGGUUUGGUUUUUGCCCUGUCUGUGCUGCAGCAGAGAAAGCGAUUGAACCUUUCAAGGAUUGAUGUCCAACAAGUUUCCCCUGCAGUGAUUGUGUGUGUGAGAGAGACUACCGCGGGGCAUGCAGCACAGCUUCAAGAAACUGAAGCUAAGAAAGCGUGUGACUGGCUGCGAGCCGCUGGAUUUCCUCAGUAUGCCCAGCUCUAUAAAGAAUCACUGUUCCCUCUCGAUAUCACCUCUGUGAAGAAGGACCACAGCUUUUUGGACCAGGAUUCCCUCAAAUCCCUUUGCAGGAGGCUCAUGACCCUGAACUUGUGCAGCUCGAUGAAGCUGGAGGUCCACUUUCAGCAGAAACAGAAUGAAGACUUGGAAGAUGAAGACUUCUGUGCCAUCAGUGACCGGUGGGCCUUCCAAAGGGACAGCAAAAGGUGGUCUCGAAUUGGCUCUGAUGACUUCCUCUCCCACAGCCUUGAGAAAGACUCUGCCAUGAGAAAGGUGUCCAGCCAGGAGAGCAGCCUCACAGAUCUCAGCGCUGACCUGGAGGCCACAUCACUCCACAGCAAUGCCAGCACAGGCAGCACAGGUGGAACUCUUGCUGUCAUGGACACGCCUCCUAAUCCAUCCAACGCCCAGAAUUCCCCAACCUUAACCAAGCCUGUCCAAAGGUUGAGCAACCACUUGUUAACUGACCAGUCUCCAAACCUGAGCAGGGACAGCAAGGAAAACCCCAAGAAAUGUCGGACCCAGAGCUUCCUCAAGAGGAUUGAGUCUCUGCGAAGGAAAAACAAGGAGAAAUUGGACUCUGCUAGAGCCCCAGAAGAGGAUGCAGCAGACACCAAGUCAUGGUGGAACACCUCAAAAGAAACUCCUGGCAAGGGGCCUCCACCAAGAAUGGGGACGCCAUCCUCUUUCUGCGGCAGUAACACUCUCCUCUCAGCAGGAUGUUGGAGUAACCGGGUUCUGGCCUCCGCGGGAAACAAGCUUCGGCUUGAGCCCAAACAUGGUGGCGUUUAUCUGGAAGACUAUGAAGCAGCCCACGACAAAGGCAACAGCUGGAAUGCCAGCGGGUUGGGCUACCGGGAUCCAUUUAAAAGGGACUACUGGAUCCAUAUCCCUGGGGACUACAAGCCAGGCACUUUCCCCAAAUCUCUCUCCAUCGAAAGCCUGUGCCCCCUUGAGAGCGGCUGUUUGGCCACCUGGAAAUGCAGCCACACAGCCUCAGCUCUUUCCACAAGUGGGGCUGGCAGUGGCAGCAGCAGCAGCGUGGAUGACCCGUCCCCACGAGCCUUUGAAUGCCGACAGAGGCGGCUUUCCUGCAGCUCCAUGGGCAGCUGUGCCAGCCUCUACGACAAUGUGCCUGAAUUUGGCAGCCAUGAUGACCUCUUUGACCUGGACAGGGAGGUGGUUUACGAAAACCUUGACGACAUUCUGCAGCACGUCUGGGGGCUGCAGCAGCAAGUGGAGCUGUGGUCCCAGGCAGCACGGCUGGAGGGCGAGAGUGUCGGGGCAGAGGCAGAAGAGGAGGAGACGGACUCUGGAGGAGAUCCCACCCCUCUGAACUUCGAGGAGCAGUCCGUCUCUGACAUCGGCACGUCCACCAGUGACUUUGACAGUGCCGCUAACUCUCUGAAUGAGGUCGAGGACAUAGAAAUGAGAGAACGGAGAGAUUCUGGAGUGGGCGCGUCACUCACCAGGCCUUGCAGGAAACUUCGCUGGCACAGCUUCCAGAACUCCCACCGGCCCAGCUUGAGCUCAGCUUCCUUAGAGAUCAACCGCCAAUCUGCCGCACAGCUCAGUCUUCUCCAGAAGUGCUCCCUCCUUCGCCUCACGGCCAUGAUGGAGAAAUACUCUGCCCCCCAUAAGCAGACCUGGUCAUGGGCUGUCCCAAAGUUCAUGAAGCGGAGCAAGAACCCAGACUAUAGGGACAGGGUGGUCUUUGGGGUCCCGCCAACAGUCAACGUUCGGAGGACAGGACAGCCGCUGCCCCAGAGCAUCCAGCAGGCCAUGCGCUACAUUCGUGGCCAGUGCCUUGACCAGGUCGGCAUUUUCCGCAAGUCAGGGGUGAAGUCCCGGAUCCAGGCUCUGCGACACAUGAACGAAGCCUCCCCUGACAACGUCAGCUAUGAGGGACAGUCAGCUUAUGAUGUGGCCGACAUGCUGAAGCAAUACUUCCGUGACCUACCAGAGCCUGUCUUCACCAGCAAACUCACGGAUACAUUUCUACAGAUUUACCAGUCUGUGCCCAAAGAGCACAGGCUGCAAGCCGUGCAAGCUGCAAUUGUACUGAUGCCCGAUGAGAACCGAGAGGUGCUGCAGACGCUGCUCUAUUUCCUGAGUGACGUUGCCUCUGCUGAGGAGAACCAGAUGACAGCUGGAAACUUGGCGGUGUGCCUGGCCCCGUCCAUCUUUCAUCUCAAUGUGUCCAAGAAGGAGAGCACUUCUCCAAGGAUGAUUCAUAGGAGGGCCACAGUUGGAAAGCCUGACCAGAAGGACCUGAACGAGAACAUGGCUGCCACCCAGGCUCUCUCCCAUAUGAUCGCAGACUGCAAAAAACUCUUUCAGAUUUCCCAUGAUAUGAUGCUCCAGCUUUACAGUUCCUACAUGCUGGCUGAUGCUCAACCACUCUCCUUAUCUGAGCUGAUGGGCCGAAACCUGCAGGAUGAAUGGCAGGAUUCCCGGGUCAACUUGGAAGCCAGCAUCCAAGGCCUGCUCAAGGAGUCAUCAGAGCGCUUCAAGGGUUGGCUUGGCACAGCCGGCCCCCUGAACACGGAGCUCUCGUGCAAGAAGGUUGGGGAUGGGCACCCUCUGCGUCUGUGGAAGGUGUCCACAGAAGUAGAGGCGCCUCCCCACACCGUGCUUCAGCGGGUGCUCCGGGAGCGGCACCUUUGGGACGAAGACCUUCUGCAGGGAGAAGUGAUUGAGGCCCUGGACAAGAACACUGAGGUGCAUCACUACGUGACAGACAGCAUGGGGCCCCACCCACAGCGAGACUUUGUUGUUCUCCGGAAGUGGCGCACGGACCUGCCGCGAGGGGGCUGCCUCCUUGUUUCCUCAUCCCUGGAGCAUAAGACGUUGCCUUUGGAAGGCGGAGUCAGGGCAGUGGUCCUGACCUCCCAGUACCUGAUGGAACCCUGUGGGAUGGGACGCUCGAAGGUGACACACAUCUGCCGUGCAGAUCUCAAAGGGCGGUCUCCGGACUGGUACGGCAAAGUCUUUGGCCAUCUUUGUGCUAUGGAGUUGGCCAGAAUUCGAGAUUCUUUCCCGGUGCUCAGCUCUAGUGGCCCAGAAACAAAGAUCUGAAAGUGCUGCCUCACAACUUCUGGUGCUGUUGGAGCAGAAAGACAGACCUGAGCAACGUGGUCCUUUGCUACAGGAAAGCGCUUUUCCAGGCACCUGCCUUCACCCCUCCUGCCAAGAAGCAGUCGCUGUUAUUCUCACAUGAACAGAAGGGUCCACAUUCAUGAUGCCAUAUCCUGGUUGAGGAACACAUUUUACCACUUGGAUCUUGGAGUCUCUUUCUCAAAGAUGCAGAGUGGUUGCCCCCCACCCUCUCCCAUGUGUCACCAACAGGUAGCGUUCUGCCCAGCAUUCACACACCCAUUUCAAGGGGGGGGGGGAAAGGGGCUGGACCAUAGGGUGAAGCAGGCAAGGAGCAGUGAAUCCUUGCACUUAGCAAGUGUCCAGCAUUUCUGGAUGCAAAUAUUCUAAGAUUGCGGGCUGGCAAGGAUCUCUGCCUGAGACCUUGAAAAGCACCAGAGGUCAGAACAGACGCAGUCCUAGGCUAGAUGAACCAAUUCUGUAUGGUGGGGUUCACCUCUACCGUGCAGUGCCUUGAAAUGACCAUAGGAGUGACAGAGAAGGCAGAGGACAAAGUUUUCGAGGGGGGAUAUCAUAGGGAACAGGGAAGAUUAGCUGGUGGUCAAGUAUGUGUAGGAGCUGCUGCAGUAGGAGGUACUACAGUCUUGUAGCACAUGUGUUUAUAUGAGCUUGUGGAUGAGAGAGAGAUUCUUACUCCUUUUUUAUUUCUAUUGACGGUCCUCAGCUGAGUGGCAAAAUACCUGGUAAUUCAAUUCAAAUGCUUCCAGUCCUGUGCGUUGGACUUCUUUAGUCCAGAUGGAUGGAUGCCCUUGUUUGUAAGAUUCCAAUGGGAUGUUUUUCAAGAUUGAUGAGAAUUUCCCAUUAAUGUUAAAGGACUAGAAUAGAUCUGAUGCAGGAAGCCUCUAUAACUCUUGCACUUAUGCCCUUUCUUGCAGAGAAGAUCUGAACCCAGGGUUCUGCUAAACACAGCUGAACCAGGGAUCUUCUUAAAUCCUGACCCUGUGUUAAUUCAGGUAAAAGGCUUUGUGUCUCAGACGCUAUGGCCUCAUGGAUCUCUGCCAUUUUAUCUAGCAUUUGGGGGAUUCAUCACCUUUAUGUUGACUGUCUUGUGCUUAGUGUGAUAAAGGGCCCAUUAGCUAGCAGAUAUUUAAUGAUGCUUUUGGCAAAGCAAAAGGUUGGCAGAUGCAGACCAAAAUCUUAUGUUAUAUUAUUCCAUUAUGGGGGCAGAGGGGGGGAGCUGUCACUAGAUCGCUGCUGCCUUGGGCUCCUACUAGGAGGAAAGGCAGGAUCUAAAUCUAAUAAUAAAUAAAUAAAUAGAUCUCCAGAAUUCUCCAUCAUGUGGUUAUCAUCCUCUGCUCUUUCUAAAUUAAUAGUUUGACAUUGGCUAAUAUUGGCCUGUAAGUAACCCAGUUGUUGUUUUUCUUAAUCAGGGGCUCAACUGACUAGAUAGCAUUCCAAGUGGAAAGAAUGAAAUUCUAAUCUGUUAGAAAUCUUUCAAUGUCUGUUUUGCAGGUGAUAAAUUCAUUGCUCUUGACAACCCAAGUGGGAAGCAACUUGUAUUCUGUUUGUGGGACUUUUUUGUAGUAUUAAUGUCUUUGGGGACUGUUAUUUUCUAAUCAAUAUAAAAAUUUCCUCUCAUAUCUAUAAAUAUUGUACAGUUGGAAUAUUAAUUUAAUAUAUAACUUAAGUGUGAGAGCAUUUGGACAGAGGAUGUUAACUGAUGAAUGUGUGUGUGAGAGGAAGAUGCAUAUGAAUAUUGUAUUUAAGGAUUUUUUUUUUUGUACCAAAGCCACAGCAGAGUGUCAAAAGGAAAGAUAAAUUCCUCCAUCUCUAUUUGUAUAAUAAAUAAAUUACUAAUCUAGCCAUUGGCCUGAUGGUGAAUAUCUGAUGUACUUUUCAACACUUUUUUCUGUGAUUCCCUCAGCCAACUCUGGGGAAAUAAAAUCCUGAAUUCA